AUGACAGGUUCUGACCCAGGUGGAGCUGAUGUCAGAGUGACAGCAGGAGGGGAGUUCUACUGCAGAGGAGGGAGAGGAGAGCCACCGUUCUACACACGAAACAGCAACAAAGUUACUGUUAGAGAAACUGUUCCUAACAGGGCCACUGUGAACAUGCAGCCCAACUGGUCUGUGAUGUACACGGGUGAAACAGUCAGUGUCACAUGUCAGAUCCAUGGAGGUGGACGAACGGAAUGGACGUAUGAAUGGAACAGAGACAUGAACAGACCUCAUGCACUCAGUGAAUACAAGAUCAGUCCAGUUUCUAAGUAUCACAGUGGGAUUUACAGGUGCAGAGGUAGAAAGAACAGCUACACCAUCACCGACUGGAGUAACAUCAUCAGCCUGACUGUAGCAGGUGAGGUUUCCAACAAGGCUGCUGUAAAAAGGCAGCAUGACUGGCCUGAGAUAUUCAAAGGAGAGGAGAUCACUCUGACAUGUGAGAUCCAGGCUGGAGGAGACACUGAGUGGGAAUAUGAAUGGACCCGAGGCAACGUAAGAAGAACUGCAGAUGGGAGGAACCUCUGGGUUUUCACUGCUUCUGGUUCCAGAAGUGGAGACUACAAGUGUAGGGGUCGACAGAAAACCAACAGUUAUUCCUUCACAGCAUGGAGUGAUCCUUUACGUUUGAGAGUCAAAGCUUCUGAACCAAAGGCUGAACUGAGAAGUGAUGAGACAGACAUCCCAGUAGGGGGCAGUGUGAUGCUGAGCUGCUCUGUGACGUCAUCGUCUGGUUGGAAAUAUUACUGGUACAGAGGAGACAAAUUCUCUGAGUUGCUGAUCACACAAGAUGGUGAAACCGGUGUCUCUCAGAAAGGACUGUACUGGUGCAGAGGAGGAAGAGGAAACCCAGUUUACUACACACAGUACAGUGACUCAGUCACUGUUGAGAAAACAGCAUCUAAACCCAGAGCCUCUGUGAAACCAGACAGAACCACACAAACCAUACAAACAGGUGAAAGUGUGACACUGAGCUGCUCUGUGGACGGUUCUGAUGGCUGGAAAUAUUACUGGUACCAACGUUCCACAGACUCCUCUGUAGCUCAGGCCAUGACAGGUUCUGACCCAGACGGAGCUGAUGUCAGAGUGACAGCAGGAGGUGAGUUCUACUGCAGAGGAGGGAGAGGAGAGCCACCGUUCUACACACAAAACAGCAGCAAAGUUACUGUUAGAGAAACUGUUCCUAACAGGGCCACUGUGGACAUGCAGCCCAACUGGUCUGUGAUGUACCCGGGUGAAACAGUCAGUGUCACAUGUCAGAUCCAAGGUGGACGAACAGAAUGGACGUAUGAAUGGAACAGAAAGGCGUCAAAUAUACCUCAUGCACUCAGUGAAUACAAGAUCAGUCCGGUUUCUAAGAAUCACAGUGGGAUUUACAGCUGCCGAGGUAGAAAGAACAGCUACACCUUCACCGACUGGAGUAACAUCAUCAGCCUGACUGUAGAAGAUAAAGCCCAGUGUGUCCUCACAGCGUCUCCAUCUUGGCUGAGUCCUGGAGCCUCAGUAGCUCUGAGCUGUGAGGUUGAGCCUCCAUCUGCAGGAUGGAGGUUCUACUGGUACCAGACUGUUCCUGAUGGCUCACACAGCUCCUACAGAUAUGAGCUGCUACCUGGUAGUGAGCAUGGGACUGAACAGGGCUCCUACAUGCUUGAUGGACACACACACACAGCAGGAUAUGUGUGUAGAGCUGCAAGAGGAGAACCAGUGUAUUACACUGACUACAGCAAAGCAGCAUUCGUCUGGUCUGGAGAUGUUGAUCCGUCAGCGUCUCUCACAGUGAGUCCUGACACAGUUCAACACUUCACCAGUGACUCUGUGUCACUGAGCUGUGAGGGAAACUCUACUGAGUGGAGAGUCAGGAGGUUUCCUGAAGGAGGCUUCCUGUCAUCCUGCUCCUACUGGACAACAUCUGGAUCCAGAUGUGACAUCAACACAUCACAGUCUGGUUCUGCAGUGUUCUGGUGUGAGUCUGGAUCAGGACACUUCAGUAACUCAGUCAACAUCACUGUUCAUGGUUUCAGUCCUGAAGCUCCAUCAUUUUCUGCCUCCUUUACUGUUGGACUGGUUGUUAGACUUUCAGUGAUUGUUUUCCUGCUGCUGCUGCUGCUGUUGUGUGUUUGGAGAAACAUGAAAGCACACAGAAGUGUGAGCACUGAUAAAAGAUCUGCUACACAGCAAACAGUCAACCAGCUUGAACCUCAGCUUUACUCCUCUCUGCUCCACGGUGAUGUUUGUGUCUAUGAAUCAGUCGAAGGCUCUGGAAACAAUGAUGGUGGGACACAUGAUGAUACAGAGGAAGAUGAUAAUUGCAACAACGUGGAUCCAAAUGCAGAUGCAUAAAGAAAAGUUGAUCAACGACAAUACAAGAACCACAAGACGACACUGCUCAGUUAAAGUACCAACAUGCUGAGACUGUGUUACCAGCAGUCAAACCUUCAUAACUUAUUCAGCUUUGAUAUGUCAGAUGUCAUAAUAUAAUGUAUGUUUGGUGUUAAUAUUGUUUUAGUAUUGUUGGGUUUUCCAUGAAGUUUGACUUAUUAUGUUUAUUUCAAUAUAGUGUAAAACAUUAUUAUUAUUAUUAUUAUUAUUAUUAUUAUUAUUAUUCCAUCCAUCCAUCCAUUUUCUUAACCGCUUACUCCCUAGUGCGGGGUCACGGGGGUGCUGGAGCCUAUCCCAGCUGGCUACGGGCGAGAGGCAGGGUACACCCUGGAUGGGUCGCCAGUCCAUCGCAGGGCAACACAUAGACACACAACCAUUCACACACACACUCACACCUACGGGCAAUGGAGAGAAGCCAAUCAACCUAAUGCACGUCUUUGGACCGUGGGAGGAAGCCGGAGAACCCGGAGAGAACCCACGCAAACACGGGGAGAACGUGCAAACUCCACACAGAAAGGCACCAGGUCCGCCUCCGGGAAUCAAACCCAGAACCUUCUUGCUGUGAGGCGACAGUGCUACCCACCGCACCACCGUGCCGCCCUAUUAUUAUUAUUAUUAUUGCCUUUUUUUAAAUUUUAUUUAUUUAUUUAUUUAUUUUUUGUUCUGUCCAGCAGUUUAACAAGCAGCAUCUUAUGCUGAAUGCCAUAUUGUGAUGGACAGCUUUGCUUUAACAAGAGGGGUAUAUAUAAAAUAUAUAUACUCUUUGUGAUUUCUGGUUUAUUUAAUAA